AGCCGGCAGUGCGAGAAACCGGAAGAGGAAGUGAUUGCGCCAGCCCGGCCGUGGCAAUGCAGAGGGAGGAGAAGCAGCUUGAGGCAUCAUUAGAUGCACUGCUGAAUCAAGUGGCUGAUCUGAAGAAUUCACUGGGGAGUUUCAUUUACAAGUUGGAAAACGAGUAUGACCGGCUCACCUGGCCCUCUGUCCUGGAUAGCUUUGCACUGCUCUCUGGACAGCUGAACACUCUGAACAAGGUCUUAAAGCACGAGAAGACACCCCUGUUUCGUAACCAGGUCAUCAUCCCUCUGGUGCUGUCCCCAGAUAGAGAUGAAGACCUCAUGCGUCAGACCGAAGGACGAGUGCCUGUUUUCAGCCAUGAGGUCGUCCCUGACCAUUUGAGAACAAAGCCUGACCCUGAAGUUGAAGAGCAAGAGAAGCAGCUGACAACAGAUGCUGCCAGAAUUGGUGCUGAUGCAGCGCAGAAGCAGAUCCAGAGCUUGAAUAAAAUGUGCUCAAACCUUUUAGAGAAAAUCAGCAAAGAGGAACGAGAAUCAGAGAGUGGAGGUCUCCGGCCAAACAAGCAGACUUUCAACCCUGCAGACACCAAUGCCUUAGUGGCAGCUGUUGCCUUUGGGAAGGGGCUAUCUAAUUGGAGACCUUCAGGUAGCAGUGGUCCUGGCCAACCCGGCCAGCCAGGAGCUGGUCCAAUCCUUGCAGGAGCCUCAGGAUUACAGCAAGUUCAAAUGGCAGGUGCUCCAAACCAGCAGCAGACAAUGCUCAGUGGAGUCCAGAUGGCUCAAGCAGGUCAACCAGGGAAAAUGCCAAGUGGGAUAAAAACCAACAUCAAGUCGGCUUCAAUGCAUCCCUACCAGCGGUGAGUGUGGACAGCAGCCUCCACUCUCAGGUGAUCCGUGCCGAGUUGGGCAAUGAAAUUAUCUUUUACUCAAGGCUUACGUAGAUAGGUACAAUGAAAAGAACACAGGCUUUCAGCAACAGACAAAUCUCAGCUCCUCUGUGAAGAGCUGUGCGACCUUGGGAAAGUGACCUAAUUUCUCUGAGCCCAGGUUCUCAUUUGUAAAUGGUCAUAAUACCUACCUCAUAGGGUUGUUGUGAGGAUUAAAAUGAGAAAAUGAAUGUAAAACACUUAGCAUGGUAUAUGAAAUACUGGGUCUUGAAUAAAUGAUAGUUAUUUUUUACCUUUCCACCCUGCUAUUUACUGUCCUUUACCCAGAAUGCGCUGUGGUUGAUACAGCUCAAUGACAGUGGUGCGCUAAUGGAGACAGGAUCAAGUAAUCCAAAGACCAUGGCAGCCUGCAUGUCUUGAAGGUAUAUUUUUGCUGUAGGCUCUCCUGCCCAGGUUCCAUCCUGUUGGCUCCAUCCAGGCUGCAGGUGAAGAGGUUUCUGGGCUGGGACACCGUCCACCAGGUCUGGUGAAACUAGUUCUGCUUUUACCUGGAAAAUAGGGAAAAGUACCCAUCUUUUACCCUACCCUGCCUAUGAAGAUGUCUAGGGAGCAGUAGGUGGGAGAUUUCUUAGGAAGGGGCCCUGUCAGGCAAUAGCACAGAUGAAAUACCAUCUUCCUCCUUUGAGACAAAUUGUACUUCACACUGUCGUUUGUCACGGUUGCCUUGUCCUCACAGUCAGUACUCCCUGUUUCUGUCCUCUUCCAUGGCACUCAAUGUGUGGCUCAGAUAAAAUCCAGAUUGAAAGUGGGAAGGGCACAGCCCCAUCCACCUUGUCUGCUUUUGGAGAGUUGAAGAACUGUCCAAAAGGACAGGCAGCCAUGUUGCCUUUCUCAGCAUUCUUUCAUGGGCAAGGGCAGGGAUUGAGUCAGCAGAAGUGGGCCAAAGGGUUUCUUUGUUCAAUAAAGUUAUUUAAAUUGAUUUUCACUGACUCAGGGUUGUCUGAUUCAAAUUUAUGAACAAUUUACCAGGUAAUUCUAAUUCACCUUAAAGUAUUCCCUUAUCUUUAAUUUUUCUUUAUUUAAAGAUCCAAAGAGUUUCUUCCAGCUGCACUGUUGGUGUUCUCUCCUGCCACACACUAAUGCUUUGGUCUUUGGUCUUUGUUAAACAACAUUCUACCAGGCUGUGGCAGCAAAGGCCUGGAAAAGUGGUCCUCUGUUGCUGGGCUAUGGAAACAUGAGUGGUGUUGACAAAGCUAAUUGACCACAGAACACUGUACCAGGGGAGUCCUGUCAUCUGCUCUGAGGCAAUGCCAAACCUUUCUCCCACUUAAAUUGGCCGGGUCAUUAGCCCAUCCAGGUGUUGUUUAUCUUCUCAUCUUUUCUCUUCCCACUAAAUGUCAAAGCUGACUGGGGUAUUGAAUAGAACUCUAGCUGGUCUUUUCCAGACUCUCAGAGUAUCUUCCAGUGACUGCUGGCCUUUGCUCCACCUGUAACCAACCCUGGGAGUCUUUGUUGUCCCAGCUAAACUGACUUCAUUCCCCCCAUACUAUUGAAAUGGCUUCCUUGUCCUCCAAGAACAGGAAUAUCUUCCUGCUGCAAGAGGAGCAUUCAGGGCCUCACCUACAUCUCAUGCCCUUAAGCAAACACUUUGGUGGUGGAGGCACCCACACCUCUCUUAGUUGCUCUGGUAGCACAUACUGUCAUUUCCACCGCCUCCUCCCUCUAGAGCUCCAGACAUCUCAGCAUACAAAUCUGCUGCUCUCCCACUUUGGGGCUCAUCUACCAGUUCACCCCACAAUGGAAAGAAUGUCUGGAACCCCUACUAUUUGCUCUCUCAGGAGGAAUGUAUGUGGAGUUGCCUAUGGAAAAGAACACUGUUUACUUGCUCAGAUUUGGGUUGUAGAUGACUUGCACUGUUUUAGCGUUCCUGUUUCUAACUAUCGUCUGCUGCACUUGGGGCCCUUGGCCAGAGGUCUGCUCCAUUGUCUCCCAGGUUUGCUCUGGGAUGGAGAAAGCAGCAACAGGUGUGAAACUUCACGUCUUCCCACAGCAGUUUAUCCCACUUUGGAAUCCAUGUCAAGCCCGACAAGGUUACGUAAGACCUUUCUCUCUAGCUCUGCCCUGAGGCUGGAAUUCAGCCAUUGCUGAUUGCCCUGGCCACCUAUUCUUUCUCUUCUUCCAUUGUAGAAUUGCUGUCCUACUUAGCUGGCUCACCACACUCAACUCUUUUUGGGGACCAUAGCUAAGAUGGAUAGGUUGUAGCCAAGUGUCCUUGUAGCUUUGUCGAGCGCCAGCACUCGGACAGGCUGGAGAGGGUGAGCCACCUCUUCGCCUGCUGAAAGGAAGAAGCUAAACUCGGCAGGAAUGCCCCCAAUGUGAGGCCGAGCCCCUUUCCACCCCCUCCACACCUCCCCCAAGCAGCUGGAAACAACCUCUCCCUUUGUCUGAGUUUCUUGUACAGAAUAAUCCUCCUUAUGGACAAUGUAUUCUCUGUGUCUUGUGGACACAGGAGCCGUGUGCGCUGAUCCCAGCACUAGGCAGGACGGAGGCUGAAGCCUUCCAAACGCCACCCUGCUCAGCUCCUGAUCGAUGUCCAGUGGACUAAGAGUUGGACAUUUUCCCUGUGUGUCCAGAUUGGAGUAGCAGCAGAGCCUUUUGUGGCUUGUUGCUGACCAGUAGUAUGACCAGGAGUUGUGCUCCCUUUUCUGGUCUGCCCUGAGUGUUAAGCACCAACUUGUAGAGGUUUGAUGUGAUUGCUUCCUCAAAGUCAGGAAUGUGCAGGGGCUAGCACUUGGAAAAUGAUAGGGACAGGAAGUGAAUUUUCUGGCAGGCCAUGGUGCUCCAUCGUGUCACUUGGACAUCAACAUGUACUCUAGUCCACAGGACAAACUUCUUUCUUUAGCAGGCUCUGUCUGUCCUGUGCCUGACUCUCAUGUGUCACUGAGGCAGAGCCUUGGUCCCUCUAAUGCGGUCUUUUGUUAAGAGCCACAUGCCCUCAGAAUGUGAGCUACUACUUGAACACUUCCCAAGCAUGGCAGAGACCAAGGCUGUUGUGUUCCUUGUGCCUCCCUUACCUCACCCAAAAGACCCCAGUGAUAUUUCUAAGCUAGGCAGUUGAUGUCGACUCCAAAGGCCACUUAUGUGUACUUUCUUUUUUGUUUUAUUUUUCUUACUGCAUAGCUGUGUCACAUAAAUAGGGCAGAUUUCCUAAAUUCCUCAAGCCCCUAAUAGCUCCUUCUAACAUUCUUUGUCAUGAGCCUUCUUCUAGAGUAGUGAUUCUCAACCUUCCUAACGCUGCGGCCCUUUAAUACAGUCCCUCAUGUUAUGAUGACCUUCCAACCAUAAAAUUAUUUUCGUUGCUACUUCGUAACUGUAAUUUUGCUACUGUUAAGAAUCAUGUAAACAUCUGUUUUCCAGUGGGAUUGUUCGACCCCCAAAGGGGUCUUGACGCACAGGUUAAGACCUGCUGCUCUAGCCCAUGUCCCUGGCGCUCUUCUCUAGCAUUCGUGCCUUUCUCAUGAAGAUGACCCAAAGAGGUGGUGAGGUAGCCAGGUGUGGUGGCGCACACCUUGAAUUUCAGCACUUGGGAGGCAGAUGCAGGCAGAUCUCUGACUUUGAGUCUAGCCUGGUCUACUUAAUGAGUUCUAGAAUAGCCAGAGCUAUUCUAGUGAGAAUAGCUAGUGAGACCCUGUUUCAAAACAAACAAAAGAGAGGUGGUGAAGUGGCUGUGGAUUCGAAGUUAACUUCCCACUCUCAAAGGUCUUUCUCCUCUGGACAAGAUAAAUAUAUGGAAGGAUUUUUUUUUCAGUCCAGAUUAUAUUUGGUGUAACUUUGAUAACCCUACCUACUUGGCCUAUAGUUAACACAGGUUCUGUAUGUCUAAACUCAGUCAUCCCUCCCCUCAUGCCUGUUUCCCAGUUUUCCUGGAAGCAACAUAAGCCAGGAAUAUGGGAGCACCGUGAACUUUUUCUUACACGUUCCCAGCUACCUCCGCCAUAUGAUAGUAACUUCACCUCCUGAACCAAAUACAGAGUGCCCUGAGUGGCUUACCUUUCUACUUCCUGCCUCUCCACUGCCUCCCUUGCUCUCACCCCACCUCCCUAGUGUGUGGUCCUUUGGAUUGCUGUGUUUUCUCACAGUCUAUGUGGAGAUCAUCUUUUAUUCUUUAAGCUAGUUUCUCUGGAGUCCCCCUGUUUUCACGGCCUGGUUAAUGAUGUUUUAAGAGUCUUCCAUAGUAGAAAUCUUUCUCUGACUCUGUUCUUAUGUUACUUAACCUCUCCGUAUCACUUGGCAAUGCUGACUAUUUACUUUAAGUCUCUUUCCCUGCACUGGCUUCGAUCUCAGCCUCUUGUUCUCCCACCUCACUGGAUAGCCCUCCUCAGCAGCUUCGGGACUUCUGAACUUAUGCCUUCUCGAUUGCUGCUCUUCUCAACGUCACUUAACCCCUUCUUAAGCUACCUACCUUCCAUAUGUGCACAUCCUUUUGUGUACAACUCAAACAAGUGUCCUUUUCAGCUCAGAUCUCUGUUGAAUUGCAGGUUGCUAUUUUGAUAUCCCUGGUCCAUUUGACCCACAGUUACCACAGGUUCCAGGUGUCCAAAUCCAGUCAUCCUUCUUUCUCCACGCUUGUUUUUCUUCUAGUUUCCUUGGGUAUUAUCUAAGCUAGGGACAAGGGAGCACCCUAAACUAUUUCUCCCACGUGUUCCCACCUAGCUCCCCUAUGUCCAAUACCAAGCUCUGUCAGUUUGUGUCUCCACAACACCUAACCCAUUCGCACUCAGCUGAGCCUCUGAAACACUCCCAGUGAGAAUAUUAUUCAGACAGUCUCCCUACAUCUGGAAACUACAGCUUCUCUUCCCAGAAGCUGCCAUGUCUUUCUAGAUUACAGAUCUGAUCCUAUUAUUCCCUUGCUUAAAAUCUUUUUAACCGUUUACCCCUGGUAUUUCUCAAAGUGGGGUUCACACAUCUAGCAAGUUGGUAAAAAAGCCAUAGAAUAAAACUAUCCUGGAAUUUAUUAUUUUUGUUAUUGUUAUUAUUAUUAUUAAGUCCGGGUUUCUCUGUAGCUUUGGAGCCUGUCCUGGAACUAGCUCUUGUAGACUCAGGCUGGCCUCAAACUCACAGAGAUCCGCCUGUCUCUACCGAGUGCUAGGAUUAAAGGCGUACGCCACCACCACCUGGCUAUCCUGGAAUUUUCAUUUUACUUGAUGGUAAUUUAAAAUGAAAUGGAACUCCUGUGUGUGUGUGUGUGUGUGAGAGAGAGAGAGAGAGAGACAGAGACAGAGACAGAGAGAGACAGAGAAAGACAGAGAGACUAGGAAUUGAGCCUAGGGCCUCAUGCAUAAUAGACAAGUGUUCUGUACCAAGCUCCAUUCCCAGUUCUCUUUUUACUUUCGUUUUGGUAAGGGGGUUUCACUAAAUUACCUAGGCUGGCCUUGAACUCACUGUAGCCCAGGCUGGCCUUGAAUUUGGGAUCCUCCUGCCUCAACCUCCCAAGCAGCUGGGAUUACCAUCCUGUACUAACAGGCCCAGCCAGGCAGUCAGAUUUAUUAAGAGAAAAUAAGAUUUCAAGGAAAUCUGGACUAAAGGGCUUCAGACUACGUGGCAGAUUUCCUGGGACUAUUUAAAAGUGGCUCACAGUUUGUGGAAAGGCACGCAAGUCUCUUUGACCUAGUUGCCUGCCUUCUGGCUUAUUUUGUUGAUUUGCCAGCUGCUUAAUUCUAAAAGCCAUACAGAUGGCCUGGUAUGGCUAGUUCUUUCGAGCCUCCAUUUUUCUCCUACUACACUUUGCUUUAUCAUCCUGUCUGAUAGUCAGCCAUGUUUCUUUUGGGGGAAAGGGUUAUUAAACUGGAUUUCAUCCAACUGAGGCUGGCCUAAAACUCUUGGCAAUCCUUUUACCUCAGCCUCCUAAUCACCAUGCCAAAUUCCCAAUCAAUUUUUAAAACUGGGCUCCAAUGAGGCUUUUAGCACCCCAACCUAUCCCCAAUUCAGUGCCACUCCCACCAAGAAAGGUCACUUACCUCCUUUUAUGCUCCACGCUCCACUUUUGUACCUUGUACAGACGUCUUCUAGUUCCGCCUGCCCUUCAAGGUCAAGCACCCUGAAGUCAACUUAACCUGUUAGAGUUGAGUCACAGUUUUUCCACCUGAGAACUUCACGGUCUUUGAGAAGAUAAUGUAUUUCUGGUAUCGCAUAGCAUGUGGCUACCUGUGGAAGUGUUGCUUUUAUUUCUAUUAUGAUUCAGUUUUGGAGUGGUAAUAUGAAAUAACUUUGAUAAGCAUGGUGGUACAUGCCAAUAAUUAUGGCACUCGGGAGGCAGAGGCAGGAGGAUUGCUGUAAGUUCUAGGCAAGCCAUAGCUACAUAGCAAUACUGUUUAAAAAAACAAAUAAGAAGUACAGAUAUAGACAUAUGUAUAUUUGUGCAUAUAAAUAUAUUUGUGCAUGUGUAUAUAUUUGUGGUGUCACAUUGCUUGAAUUUAAAUCCUAGUCUAGCUGCUUACUAGCUGUAUAGUGCUGGGACAUCAAAAUAUGUGUUCUGUUUCCUUAUUCCAGUAGAUAUUCUAGAAGGUUGUUUAAAAUGGUGUCUGACAACAGGAGAACCUUGAUACAUCUUAGCUAUUCCUAACUAGAAAUCUGCUCCCUGAAGUUACUUGAAUAAAUGAUUGACCAGUUCCUCUAAGAGGCCAUAAACUCUUCCUCCUGCCACUCCUCUAUGCUUAUGCCUAGAGAGCUGCCCUCAGAGACACCCUUGUAUGAGUUUUAUUCCCAGGGUCUCCUUAGCAACUGUACAGAGUUAGCAAUGGAACAUUUUUACACUGAGCUGACUGAUACUGUGAAUCGAUUUUGUAUCUAGUUUUGUGACUUAUUUCUCUCACUUAGCCGUUGCUUAUGCUCCUCUCUGAAGCCCCAGUGUGGUCCUGAAUUAUGUCCUUGAAGAAGCUUCCUCACCUAAGAUGUUCUUUUUCAAAGUCUCUGAAUGAUGUCUCAUCCCUGUCUGAACCAGCUAACAACUCAGUUCAGUCUUCUGCCCCUAAAGGGGGCUCGUCAUCACUCAGAUUCCUCUCCUAGCAGCUGUGAUAAGCCCCUGCUUCAAUUGUCUAUACUUCCAAAGCACACGCUGGGCUGAAGGGAUUACUGGGUAUCAGAGCCAGAGCUCCAUGGUCCCGGGUCUGUCCCUCCCGCCACACUGGCCACUGUUCUUUAGACAUUGGUCCAUGGCAUCCUCUACCAUUCUCACCACUUUGCUGUAAAUGCUCUCAGCUGUAGCCAUCAGGACACUGGGGGUGGGUACUGCCCCCUUGGCUUAACAUGCUCUGCCCACUCAGAAUGUCAUCCUCCUUCCUGUCUCCACUCCUUGUUCACGCAGUGAGCAAUUCAUCCUUGCAGUUUAAAUGUCACCAGUCCUGAAAGCUUGUAGUGUGUCCCCCUGAACAUUUGACCACCCUUAAGCAACCUUUCUUACAUCCUCUACACAAUUCCAUUAGAGCAGCUUUUAUUUUAUCGCAGCUAGUUCAAAUCCUAGCCCAGACACUCACCCAUUGUCUAAUCUUAAGACAAAUUGUUUCACUUUGAAGAACUUCAGUUGCCACCUCUGUGAAAAGGAGCUUACUUUGAAGGACACUUUCAGCCAGGAUACUGAAGUUUAACCCGUUAAGUAGCUAUAGCUAUACUUUUCGACGGGAUGCAGUCCAGCCUUCUUUCAAGUACAUACACGGUCCUUAAGGCAAAUAGCAAUCAAAUGCUAUUAUUCUCUUAUUCUCUCUCCUAAGAAGUCAAUUUUACCUAAUUAGACAGUUUUGAUUACAACAUUGCAAUUAGGCUAUUUUAACUUAAGAAGAGAGAGGUAUGUGGGACAGAGUGUUAGCUGUGCAAACAUGAGGAUAUGGACUUGGAUUUCCAACAUCCAUAACCACGUGUGAUAUCAGGUUGUGAGGUCGAUGUAGGAAGGUCCCUGGAGCUUGCUAGUCAGGCAGUUUUGUCACUCAGUGAGCUCCAGGUUCAGUGAGAUACCCUUCUCAAAAAGUAAGGUAGAGAGUUGGAGAGUUGAGUCGGUGGUCAAGAGCACUUGUUGCUUUUGCAGAAGACCAGGGUUGGAUUCUUGGUACCCAUACUGCAUCUCACAACUUCCUGUAACUCUAGUUCCAGGGAUCUGCAUGUGGUGUACAUACAUAUGUACAAGCAACACACACACACAUGCAGAGAGAGAGAGAGAGAGAGUCAAAAAUUAAAAAAAAAAAUAGACAGCCAUAGCAGAGGACACCAGACAUUGAUCUCUUGUCUCCACAUGUGCACCCACAGGACCAUGCAUCCACAUACGUAAACACACAUAAUUACACAAGCUCAAAAAAACAAAAGAAAGAAAGGAAGGAAGGAAGGAAGGAAGGAAGAAAGAAAGAAAGAAAGAAAGAAAGAAAGAAAGAAAGAAAGAAAGAAAGAAAGAAAGAAAAGGAGACCCACCUGCACUUGAGCUGUGUGUGGUUUUUAGACGGGCUUAGGGUCUCCAAGUUUGUUCCCUGCCUCUGCAUCUCUCCAUUCUGCUUCAUUGGGAUCCCUCUCAUGGAAGAACUGUAGAUUUGCCAGGUUAAAUGCUAUGAAGAGCUUGGAUCUGGGGGAUGUUGCGGAAGACAUAGAAGUAGUAGGUGAGGAAUGCGUUGAGAGAAGUGAAAGCAGGGACAGCCCCAAACUGGAGCUGCCAUUGUAUGCACUGUGCGGUGCCACCUCUAGAGAGAUCCUUGGACCUCAUUUUUCUGCAUUCACAGUCCUGGGCUUCAGAUUGCCUGUGAUGUGUGUCUCCUCACCUCAGCCUCGGAAUGUCCCAGACUGCAUUCAUGUUCCGUCCACUCCACCCAUGUUAUAGGGCUUGCAUCAGGCCUGGGUUCUCUCUGUUCUCUCCACCACUGAUGUAGGCCAGACAUGUGCCAUAUCUGUGCCUCUGAAUAGGUCCCCGUCAGUCUCACUCCCUUCUUCUGCUUUCUUUCUGAUACACACUUACUGCGGCAGGUUUGUCCGUCAGAGUACUAGAUGGACCAUGUCAGUCUUUUUAUUAUUUUUUUAUUUUUUUUUUACCAUGUCAGUCUUCUGCUUAGAAAUCUUUAAGGGCAUCUCUACACAAACAGCUCCUCAUUUUAUUUUUUAAAUCCCAAACAAUUCAUGACUUCAGGCCAGUCUCCAUUUUUACCUAUGUGAGUCACCAUAUCUUUGAGACAGAGUGUCCCUUGCAGCUCCCUAUGCCUGUCCUGUGCUUUCCUGGGUUCAUUCCUUUGUAUGUUUUCCUCAGCGGUGCUCACUACAUAACCUUGAGCUAGUCUUCAACCUCUCUAACUCCCCGUUUCCAUCUAAGACCUGAUGGCAGUGCUGACAUUACAGGACUCAACCGUAAGAGCAAAAGAAAAGUACCUGGCCUCAGGCUGUUCAGAGGAAGGACUGAAUAGAAUGGAAAUCUCUCUGCCAUUCUUGAUCCUUCUCACAGGUCUUGCUAAUUCUUUCUCUUCCUCCCUAAUAACCUGCUCUGGUUUGCUCCCUAAUAAAAAAACCUCUCCUCCCUCCUCAGUGUUCUUCUCCUCCCCAGUCUCUUCAGUUUCAUGCACACUGAUUGGAACCCAUAGUGCAUGGCACUGGCUGCAUGCCUAUCAAACCUCAUCUCUCGCCAUCCAGGGCCUCGAGCACACUUUCAGAUUAGAGAUGAAGAUGAGUGUUUGCAUGCUGUCUCUCCCUUUUGUCAUCAGAUGCCUUUCUAGUCCUGGCCACUUUAGCCAGGAACCAGAAAUCUGGCUGGGGCCCAGGGCCCUGCAGAAUGAUUAACUGGAACACCCUUCACCCACAUAUUUGCUCCCCAUACCUUACAGGUGUAACCCCCUCUCUGCUUCUGUCUGGUGCUGUAUGAUAGAAGUACCCUUUGUCUUUCACAAGAUGGGGUAGGUAGGAGCUUGAUAGUUCUCAAGAGGCUGCCUUAGAGAACCCUGAGUCUCCCACAGUCUUCCUCCACUGUUACACUCACUCAUAAACAUCUGGUAUACCUUUUCCCACUUGGCACUGCCAUUCCUGCUUCUCUGAUCCUUCUUGUACUUUUUUCUUUUGUGCCCAAACAGCUUCACUCAUGUACUAGAGUUGGUAGAAUUCAUACAGGUGGUGGCUUUCAGGCUGAAACACAGGGAAAAUGUCAUUACUUCUUUUUCCCCUAGAGCAGUGGUUCUCAACCUUCCUAAUGCUACCACCCCUUAAUACAGUUCCUUGUGCUGUAGUGACCCCCAAACAUACAACGAUUUUGUUGCUGCUUCAUAACUGUAAUUUUGCUGCUGUUAUGAAUUGUAGUGUAAAUAUUUGCUAUGCGACCCCCAAAAGGGUCCUGACCCACAGGUUGAGAACCGCUGCUUUAGGGAAAGAGGACAGAGAACAUUUCCUUCAAGAGCAGUGAGUAAAGAGUGAGUCUGUCAGGGUGGGACUGAGAAUGAAGCUGCCAUUUCACUUCCCGGGUGUCAGAAAGGCUCCUUUAAGGGAAGGGACUGUGGCUGUUGUAGCAGUCUUCCCCACUUCCCUGGGAUUUCAUUCUCAUCUGUCUUGUAGGCUCAGAUCUUCCAGUGUGUCAGCCUGCUCUGAUUUGGUUUGCUUUCCCUCUCACCUCCAAGACCUUCCAUGUAGCUUCCUUGCAGAUCCCAACCUGUCCCAUAGAGGUCCACUCUCCUAACCUAAGUUCACUGGAGCUCAUAUGUACCUGCAGUCUCAGCACUCAGGGAGCUGAGGCAGGACUAGAGAAUUCCAGGCUAGCCUGGGCUGUAAAGUAAGGGCCUACCUUUUUUUUUUUUUUUUUUUCUUUUUUUGGUUUUUCGAGACAGGGUUUCUCUGUGGCUUUGAAGCCUGUCUUGGAACUAGCUCUGUAGACCAGGCUGGUCUCGAACUCACAAAGAUCCGCCUGCCUCUGCCUCCCGAGUGCUGGGAUUAAAGGCGUGCGCCACCAUCGCCCGGCAAGGGCCUACCUUUAAAGGGCAGUGGGACAGCAUUAGGAAGAUGUCCCAGACAGUAAAGUGCUUGCCACCCAAACAGGACUUGAGUUUAAUUCCUAGCACCAAUGCAAAAGAUUGGUGUUACUCUGCACACACUCUCAGACACCUUUAUAAAAGAAACAAAGAAAAACAAAACCCCUAAACCUGAAUCUCUGAUGAAGAAGGCCACCAUGCACGGUCUCCAGGGUGGGGUCCUCUGUGCCUAGGAAGCCUGCCCAAAUGCCUGCCAUCAGUACCGUUUCCUAUUGCUGACGCUCAUGCUCACUGAAUGCCUCCCUCACCCUCUGCUGAAGAGAAUCUAGUCCUCCUUUAUGAAACUCUCAAUUCCAUCCCAACCUACUGACAGACUUCAUGUCUACACAUUCAGUCUGUGAGGUGUUUUUCUUAGCCAAAGGCCAGUCUAUGUGUGUGUGUGUGUUCCUGGUGGGUCCCAUUGUUUCUUUCCAUACAGCCUAUAAACAAAUUCCAGCCCUUUCCUAUUAAAAACAACCAUUAGAAUCAAUUUAGAAGUGAGAGGCAGGCACUGGUUCUGAAAGCUCCCCCAGGUGAUUCCUGUGCGCAUCCAGAGCCAAAAAUUAUAAGUAGAGACUGGGGAUGGCCACACAUGCCUGUAAUCGUAGCACUGAGGAGACAGAAUGGGGCAGGAGGACCUGGCAUCUGAGAGCCUGUCUCAAAAUGCGCAUGCACACACACAUGGGGGGGGUGUCAGGGAGGCUGGGGGUGCUCUCUGGGCUGGAGCUCUACUAAGCUACUAAGAGUUUCCAACACCUGCCACAUCGUUUGCUUCUAGGCCAUUGCAUGCUUCUCUGUGUCUCAAAGGCCCUCCCUGACUGUGAGAAACUGUUCCUGAGUGCUCAAUUCAGGUGUCCUUCCCGAGAAGCCUCUAAGAAUUAACCCCCACCUUUGAUGGAGUCCCCACUUCCCAGAGCGUUCAUAAGCCGCUGGGUCUCUCUUUGGGAAGGUUCACAUGCUACUCUGUGUUGUUCACUUGUGCGUAUGUCUGCUCUCCUAGGCUGGGGCUUUGCCAGAGUUCAUUAUGAGCGGUUUCCAGUGUGCUUUCCUAAUGGAGAUGGAGCCCCAGGUCUCUUAGUAGGGCUUUCAGAGAAGUACAUUGUUUAGAAAAGAUUUGUUAAAGAAGUACUCAUUAAUUCAUAUGCAAACAUGUUGGUGAAGCAGAAUGCUAAGCACUGUACAUGAGUUCAUCUCCUUUAACCUUUGCAGUGAUUCCAAAAGCUAGGUACUAUUUGUUCCCAUUUUUAAGAGAUUCCACAGUAUAUACACGAUCUCACACAUACUAACUGGAUAUUUAAACUCAGAACUUCAGAGACAGGCGUGGUCUCAAAGCUGUUCGAGUGCUCAUCAAAGACAUCAGGACCUCAAUAAGCGUUAGCUCAAUACUGCUCUCAAGGGAAAUAGAAAGAUGUGAGUUCUUACUGUUCCCCCACUUGGCUCUGGGUCUCUUACUUUCUCCCUCUUCCUUCCAUUGUCCUCUUCAUUCUAACAUCUAAUCAACACACUUGGUGUAGGGGCAACUGAAUGACAGGCAGUGGGCCCAGUUAUGGAGAAAGAGAUAUGACUAAAAGAUGAGCUUCUCCCACUGGAGAAGGGAGUUGGGAGAGAUGCAGAAAAUCGCAUGAAAGUAAGCCAGAUGCAGGAUCUGCCUGGAGAUCUGACUGCAUCUUGUGCUGAUCCAAGAGAAAGGCUUGAAAGUUGGAGGCAGUCCCAUAGAUCAAUAUAUGUUUGUCUGUGAAUUUGUGACCAUUUAUUUAACAAGUCUUUCCUAAACAUACAUGCAGAGCAUCAUUCUGAAUGCUCUACUGGGAGGUUUCGGAUAAGUAGCCAUCACGGAUGCCCACUGGAAAGAUGCUGGCCAUUAAUGACGGCUGAAGCGCAGGCUGUGGCUUGAGAAUGACAUGGAUAGGCAGAGUGAGAAGACCAGAGAGGCUAGGGGUUUAGGGGAUAGUGCUAAGGAGACUGGAUUUAGAAUUCUUUGCUGUUUCUUGUCAAGAGUAGGUUCUAACAGGUAAUCUACAGUGUGCUCAGAACUGUACCCUGGCUUUCACCUCUUACCAAGCUCUAAGAUGCCCAGGCCUGGGUAGCUACAGCCACCAGUUAUCAAUGUAGUAUCCCUCUCAGCCACUGCCUCUUCUGGAUUCCCCAACGCUACUUACACUCAGCAUCCAGGUGUCCAGGCUGUAAUUGGAGCAUUCUAGGCCAAAGAAAAAGCGAUUUCAUAUCACUGAAACCUGGUCUAAUAGUUUGGGCUACAAGGCACGUAUGUUGAACUGACAACUGAGUAGAAACCCCCACGCCUGUCCUUCCCAGUCUCAUCAGUUUCCUCUUCAGGUCCAGGUUUUCUCUCACCUUAUCUCUCUCUAGUGCCUUGUACCUGGACUGUAAAUUGUGUAAGUGACAGGACCAGAACUUAAUGUGGUUUUGCAUUAUAGAUGGCCGGUAAAUGUCUGAUGAAUGAGAUGAGCUGCCUCAAAAUCUUGUUUUCUU